UAGAAGCAACUGCUAAUGGCCUGCCAAGUUGGUUGGGUGGCAAGUGUCAGGCCCAUGGAUUUAACCAGCAUAAAGCGAAGCCUGUCCAAGGGGCACAUCCAGUCCAUGGCCCAGUUCCAGUGCAGCCUGAUGCUCAUGUUCCAGAACGCGGUGAUGUACAACAGCUGCAACCACCACGUGCACCGCAUGGCCCUGGAGAUGCAGCGGGAGGUGCUGGAGCAGAUGCAGAUGCUGGGUGAAGCCCUCCUGUGCUCGGAGGACAGGCUGCGGCUGGGCAGGAGCGGCCAAGCAGAAGCAGAUCCGCCGCGGCGUGAAGGAGGUGCAGAAGUUCAUCAACAAGGGCGAGAAGGGGAUCGCGGUGCUGGCCGGCGACACGCUGCCCAUCGAUGUGUACUGCCACAUCCCCAUCAUGUGCGAGGACAGGAACCUCCCGUAUGCGUACGUCCCCUCCAAAUCGGACCUGGGAGCUGCGGCCGGCUCGAAGCGCCCCACGUGUGUCAUCCUGAUCAAGCCCCACGAGGAGUACCAGGAGGCCUACGAUGAGUGCCUGGAGGACGUGGAGGCGCUGCCCAUGCCGCUCUGACCCACAGCGGAGGGCGGGGGGGGGGAACGGGAUGGGACGUGACAGCAGGACUCUGCUGAGGGACGCGGGCAGGGGGUGAAUAAACGUGGGGAGGGUUUGUA